AUGGCUCUGCGCACGUCGGCCAAGAAUGCUGAGGAUGUGGCAGCUGCUUUUACUCAGUUUAGAGACCCUAUUCCAGAGCACGCUGCCGAGGUGACAGCCCUCAUUGCCGACUUGUUCGCGAUCAGUUCGUCAUUGUCUGCACUGGAAGCUCUAAACAGCAAUUUUCGCUAUAGGCGCGAUGUUGCUUUAAUUCAACCGGAUCUGAACCUGCUGCUAGCCAGUCUCAAAUAUACCCUCGAAGAUAUUGUCGACUAUUUCCAGGUUCUUGAUCCGGGGAAAUCCCUUCCCGGGGAUUACAUGCGCACAUGGCUGGAUCUGAACAGGUUCUUCUGGGACGAAUCACGCUACUCGCUGGCGACUCGCUUCGCUAAGUAUAAGGCGAUGCUUAGAGAACUAAAUGGCUUGGCAACCAAUAAUUACCACGAUCCCCGGGCCUUUGCAAGCCUGCAGGAGAAUAUGAAGACCUUGCUCUCCAUACAAGAUAACCGGCUUGCUUCUCGUCUGGGACGCAUGAACCUCGGCCGGACUCCAUCAAACAGCAGCAGCAGCGCGGGUCCACCCUCCAGCCCUAUCAGUGACCGACGACCAGGGCGACGAAGGUCAUACGAGCGCACUCGCCCAGGCAAACGGCCUCCAACAGGGCCCAUGUCGUCUUCUUCAGCCACCACAUUCUCAGACACUCCACCUUCAGUCCCGGAACCACCGAGUUCGCCGCGGACUUCCGCAACCGCUGGAAGUGCGCGUUCGGGUGUCUCAGAUGUGAUUCGCGACCAUUGGUGCAAGGAAGUCUUUAGAACUAACACUACCAGCACUCCUCUCCGAAGCGUGGACGCCAUGAACGACGUGAGCGAAAUGACAGUGUCCUUUUGGCUACACCCAAUGAAUCACCGCGCACGCAUCCUUUGCAAGGUACCGGACCGAAGCAGGGUCAUCCAUGCCGAAGAUCCUCGUCGCAGGAGGUAUCCUAGUGACUAUUACUGCUUGCCGCUCAAUAUGCUCGAAUUAAUGCGAGACCCCUCCGGUUCUUGUUUGCGGUUAUGCCGACGACGUGAUGGCGGAAGAGAGCUUGUCCUAUGGACACUCUUGAGAUUCUCAACGUUGGAAAACUUGGUAUUCUUCCAUGGCACAUUCCUUGCAUUACGCUCCCAGGAUGCAGGUGUUGAAUUCACAAAGAUCCUAGACUACCAUUUGGAUCAAGAGAAGGAACUAUUUGGCGGCAAAAUCACGGACGACGGAUACAAGCACGCGCUGCGCGUAUACCGAGACCGGGUGACAGGUGCCGUGAGACUGCAGGCAUCGGUUCUCGAUGGCGAGAUGAAACGAACACCAGUAUGGAUCGCGUUCAUCACCCACAACCUCCACAAACCAAAUUGGUUCAAACACCCUGACCGCAGGACCUUCGUUUUGCGGGAUACUUGGCCUGUUGUGUUCAUGGAUGCGGAUGCUUAUGCCCUUCCGCAGACCCAGGGAUGUCCCACUCUGACAUUCACAGAAUCUGAGGACGCUAAGGCGUUUCUAAUGCUUCUGGACAAACUGGCGGAACCUGACUCGCGUCGGUGA